AUGGCUGAACAACUUGACAUGGGUCGUUUGAACAUCAACGACUCACAACACAACCCCCAGAACGGCUUCAACGGCGAGCGUUCUGCGUACAUUCCUCCUCACCUUCGCGGUCGUCCUCAGGGAGGCCCCGGCGGCCCUGGUCCUGCGCCGAUGGAUGGCCCUCCCCCAAUGAUGAACGGAGGUGGCGGUCUUGGAGGUAGUGCCUGGGGACCAGCAGGUCACGGUCCCCCUCCGAUGAACGGCGCUGGCGGCCAAGGUGGCGGCUGGGCCAACGCACCAAACUUCACUCCCCGCGGCCGCGACGGCCCUCAAGGUGGGGGUGGAUGGGGCGGUGCUCCUCGCGGAAACUUCGACCCUAACGCCUAUGGCAAGCCCGGUGGCGGUGGUUCAGGAGGAGCUCGUGGAUCCGGUGAUGGCGCCUGGAAGGAUGGCAAGCACGUCCCUGGCCCUCCCAACCAGCGUGUCGAGCGCGAUCUCUUCGGUGUUCCCAACGACCCCUCAAAGCAGCAAACCGGUAUCAACUUUGAAAAGUACGAUGAUAUCCCCGUUGAGGCUUCCGGCCAAGGUGUUCCCGAGCCCGUCACACGUUUCACGAACCCGCCCCUCGAUGACCAUCUGCUGAGCAACAUCGAGCUUUCUGGAUACAAGGUUCCUACUCCUGUACAAAAGUACUCUAUUCCCAUCGUCAUGGGUGGACGCGAUCUCAUGGCUUGUGCCCAGACUGGUUCUGGAAAGACUGGUGGUUUCCUUUUCCCCAUCCUCGCACAGGCCUUCCAGAAUGGUCCUUCUCCCCCUCCUCAGCAGGCACAAGGCGGUUACGGCCGUCAGCGCAAGGCGUAUCCCACCUCUCUCGUCCUCGCUCCCACACGUGAGUUGGUUUCGCAGAUCUUCGACGAGGCCCGCAAGUUCGCCUACCGCUCAUGGGUACGUCCUUGUGUCGUAUACGGUGGUGCCGAUAUCGGUUCCCAGCUUCGCCAGAUCGAGCGCGGAUGUGAUCUACUUGUUGCUACCCCCGGUCGUCUUGUCGACUUGAUUGAGCGCGGCCGUAUCUCUCUCGCUAGCAUCAAGUACCUUGUUCUCGACGAGGCUGACCGCAUGUUGGACAUGGGUUUCGAGCCGCAAAUCCGCCGCAUUGUUGAGGGCGAGGACAUGCCCCCUACCGCUGGUCGCCAGACUCUCAUGUUUUCGGCUACUUUCCCCCGCGACAUUCAGAUGCUUGCCCGCGAUUUCUUGAAGGACUACAUCUUCCUUUCAGUCGGUCGUGUUGGUUCUACAUCCGAGAACAUUACUCAGAAGAUUGAGUACGUUGAGGAUGUUGACAAGCGCUCAGUUCUUCUGGACAUUCUUCACACCCACGGUGCUGGUCUUUCCCUUAUCUUUGUUGAAACUAAGCGCAUGGCCGACUCUCUGUCCGACUUCCUCAUCAACCAAGGAUUCCCCGCCACUUCUAUUCACGGAGACCGCACUCAGCGCGAACGUGAGAAGGCUCUGGAGAUGUUCCGAACCGGACGAUGCCCGAUCCUUGUCGCCACUGCUGUUGCUGCUCGUGGCUUGGAUAUACCGAAUGUGACUCACGUCGUCAACUACGAUCUGCCUACAGACAUCGAUGAUUACGUCCAUCGUAUUGGACGUACUGGUCGUGCAGGAAACACUGGUAUUGCCACUGCUUUCUUCAACCGCGGCAACCGCGGUGUUGUGCGCGACCUACUCGAACUACUGAAGGAAGCUAACCAGGAAGUUCCUGGGUUCCUCGAGUCCAUCGCUCGUGAGGGCUCAGGCUUCGGUGGUGGUCGUGGUGGACGCGGUGGCGGUCGUGGCCGUGGCAACGCUGCUACUCGCGAUGUUCGUCGCAUGGGCGGCGGCGGUGGAGGCUUCGGUGGUGGUGGCGGUGGCCAAUGGGGUGGAGCUCCUUCAGGCGGCUAUGGAGGUGGCUACGGCGGCGCUCCUAGUGGUGGCUACGCUCCUCCUGCACCUGGAGGCUACAGCGGUGGUGGAGGCGGCGGCGGCUUUGGUGGAGGCUACGGCAACCCAUCUGGCCCUGGCGGCAACUCUUGGUGGUAAAUGCACACUGCAUGGCUUCACGAUACAGCCAGCCCGGGACUGAUUUCCUUCUUUACGAUACCCUGGGCCCUCGUGCAGCUACUACCGACGGCUUGCUUUCGAUUUCCUACACUUUCAAAUGUUUUCUGCGAAUCUUUCCCGGUUACCGCGGAUCGAUGCGGAAAUCCUGGAAUCUCAUACCCCAAUCAGCAUAUAGACAGCGACUGUUUUUUUGCGGAUCUGCCUAUUUUCGAGCUCUUCUCGCAUACGAUACCCUUCGACGUACAUCCGUCGAGCUCGAGCUUAAGCGGCAGGACCCUAGCCUUUCCCGGAGAGGCAAUGCAUUACGAACAUUUUACGCCUUCGCUCUUCUGCAAGCAUGCUGCUUGGGGAGCCAUAGAUUCUCGUUUUCCGAGUCGUCCACACGCGGAUGACCUCACUCAGCAUUUCCUUAACUUAUGACAAAAGCGAUUCCUUUUUUCCCGGUCAUACCCUCGGAGACACUGUCUUUCUCGUCGUCCUUUUGUCUCUCGGUCUCUCCACAUGCGGAGAGUAGCAGCAUGGCUGCGUUUGGGACGACGGAAAAGUUUGCUGCAUAGAUGGCGUUCAUGAAGGUUUAGCCACGACCCAAACCUUUUUACGAAGGAAGAUACCCCGGUUCUCUGUGGUAACCAUUAUGGUGGCUGUCUGUUCCUGCCAGCUCGGCGGUGGGACUGGACUGUUAGUGUUGGUUUGCAUCUACGCGCAUGCGAACAUGCGGACCUGACCCAUGACUUGGGUGGAAGGAAUCUCAUAAAAGCACAAUUUCGAGCAGAUGAUUAGUUACAUAGACUAGUAUAGACUGCCGACAUGCGCAGUCUGUACAAUACAUGCUGUAUGGCAUUGCAA